GUUUUGUUCGUAGCUUCCGAUUUUUGUUUUUGGAAUUAUUUUAAUAGCUACCCUCAUCAUCAUCAUCAUUCACUUUCCAGUGAAUUUGAAUCACCGAAUUUUCAAAGAAUCAGAUAUUAUUCCAGAAUAAUUUAAAUGUUUUAGCUGUCUUGUGUGUGUGUGUGUGCAUUGGCUGACGAAAGAAUCUUAUCUCACUUUUCUCUCAUACAAAUAUAUCUUAUUUAUUCAUUUCAUUUGGCUUCAAUUUUUUUUUUUUUUUUGAUUGUUGAAAUAAAUAAAGAAUAAUAAAAAAAAAUGGAAAGCGAUCCAAAUCAAAUGUCACAAAGUGCAGCAUUGUGUAGGUCUGGUUGUGGUUUCUAUGGCAAUCCAUCCAAUGAUGGCCUUUGCUCUAAAUGUUAUAAAGAUGCAUUGAAAAGAAAACAAGCUGCACCAACCACCACAACUGCCUCAACGAAUGGUACAUCAUCAUCAUCAUCUCAAACAAGCCUAGAAAAUGUUGCAGCCGAUAAUAUCAAAACUUUGAUUGCAUCAUCAUCAUCGAUUAAUAAUAACAACAACAAUAAUAAUAGUAGUAGUAACAUUGUUACAAGUAAUUCUUCAUCACCAACUUCGAAUAUAUCUGCGAUAUCUGCUCAAGAUUCUAGCCAUUCAUCAAAUUCUGAGGCAAAGGUAACAGACCAGCCAAAUUUGACGACGACUAGUGAAAAUAAUACCUCGAUUGGUGCUGAUGAACAAGAUGGAGAUGAAACACCGACAAAACAGCAAAAAAAGAAAAAAUUACGAUGUCCAAUUUGUCGUGAAAAGCUUGCCAUUAUCCGGUUUGAUUGCCGUUGUGGUCUAUCAUUUUGUGGUACGCAUCGUUAUGCCAAAAUGCACAAUUGUACAUUCGAUUAUAAAGAAUAUGGCGCUGAAGAGAUUCGUAAAAAUAAUCCACAAGUGAUUGGUGAAAAAGUACAAAAGAUUUAAAUGAUGAUGAUGACGACGACGAAGAAGAAGAAGAAGAAGAAAUGAUGAUCUUUAAAUCAAUAUAUAAUCACACACCCAUAUAAUAUGCAAAUAUGAAAUUGAUAAUUGUAAAAUUAAUUAAACAAAAAGAAAAUUACUAAAUGGAUCAUAUCCCGAUGAAGAGUUGAAAAACAACAACAACAACAACAAAAACCCAAUCAAGAAUCAUGAUUGAAUCAAAAAGAAUCAAGAUUACACAUAAACACCCCAGUUUUUUUUCGUUGUUUCUUCUUACACCAUAUAAACACACAAUUAAUUAUCAAAAAAAAGUUAAAUGCAGAGCUCUUUCUUUCUCUC